AUGGAGUUCCGUCAGGAGGAGUUUCGGAAGCUAGCGGGUCGCGCCCUCGGGAGGCUGCACCGGGGAAUGCAGGAGAGACAGGAGCCAAGGUGCCUCCUUUCUGAGAACCAGGCCUUGGAUGGGGCGAUGGCAGGGGCCAGGGAACGCUCAGAACCCGUCAUCACACUCUGUCAGGCCGCCCCUUUGGCUACUUCCGGUCCCAGGCCAGACCCCACCCAGUCACCCCGCAAACAGUUCAAAGCUCAAUUUAACUGGGAUCCAGAGACUGUUGGCCUCAUACACGGCUCCUUUUUCUGGGGCUACAUUGUCACCCAGAUUCCCGGAGGAUUUAUUUGCCAGAAAUUCGCAGCCAACAGGGUUUUCGGCUUUGCUAUUGUGGCUACAUCCACUCUAAACAUGCUGAUCCCCUCGGCUGCCCGAGUCCACUAUGGCUGUGUCAUCUUCGUGAGGAUCCUGCAGGGGUUGGUAGAGGGGGUCACGUACCCCGCCUGCCACGGGAUCUGGAGCAAAUGGGCCCCGCCCCUAGAGCGGAGUCGCUUGGCAACAACAGCCUUCUGCGGUUCCUAUGCUGGGGCGGUGGUCGCGAUGCCUCUCGCCGGGGUCCUGGUGCAGUACUCAGGAUGGAGCUCUGUGUUCUACGUCUACGGCAGCUUCGGGAUCUUUUGGUACCUGUUUUGGCUGCUCGUCUCCUACGAGUCCCCGGCUCUGCACCCCAGCAUUUCGGAAGAGGAGCGCAAGUACAUCGAGGACGCCAUCGGCGAGAGCGCCAAACUCAUGAAAAAACUGAAGAUCUUCCUCUAG